GCUGGUUUACAUAGCAAAGCCACGCAACGCGAGGCCCUCUCGUGGCAACGCCUUCAAUCGCGUUGGGUUGCGUCCAAGCAUUCACAUACAUUUUCAAAUCACAGAGCACUCAUUCUGAGAGAAAAUGGAGGAUUUUGGUCAAGAGGAAGUUUUACUGCUUGCUAUGCUAUACAGAAGGCGAAAGAGACGUAGAAUAAGAAGGAGAAGAAUGUGGGUUCGCUCUAUAUUUGUUCAGCGUUCUCAGCAAGGUGAAUUUCAUCGAUUGCUCCAAGAAAUGCGCCUCUCAGACCCUAAAUCUCAUUUCAUUUACCUAAGGAUGUCUAAAGGAACCUUUGACAAGCUUUUGACCAAGGUAGAACCCUUUUUGGCUGGUUCUCGGCAUUAUAGUAGUGAUUCUCAAAGGUUGGAAAUAACCCCUGCUGAGAGAUUGGCAAUUACCAUAAGAUAUCUUGCCACAGGAAACUCACAGGUGUCUCUUGCAUUCAGCUUUCGUGUGGCUAAAUCUACUGUAUGUAAAAUUUUACAGCAGACAUGUAAGGCUAUUUGGGAGGCUUUGCAACCUGAGUAUGUUAAAGCCCCUACAAAUGAAGAGGAGUGGAUGGGCAUUAGCCAGCAGUUUUAUCAUAUAUGGAACUUCCCUAAUUGCAUUGGCGCAAUCGAUGGUAAACAUAUAGUAAUCCAGGCUCCAUCCAACUCUGGUUCCACAUAUUUUAAUUAUAAAGCAACAAAAAUAAACAAAUUUGAAUUUGAAGUACUUAUUGCUGCUGUUCUAAUGGAAACUCUUUGUGACUAUUGUCUAGUUCUAGUGCUAGACAUAGAGAAGCAUGUUAAGAAGCACAGAAAACUGAGCUGUUUGGAGAGGGUUAUGCUGGUGAGGAGAAGCAAAGCAAAGAGGUAA